AUGUAACAGAAUAACAAUUAUGAAUAGCUAAUAAAAAAGAAAAUCAAUCUGAUAAAUGAUUUUGAAAGUGGCAAGAAAUAAUAUUUGAAAGAAGUAAUAGAACGUCCAGAUACACCUUAAUUCUCAGAUAGAAAGAGAAAUGAGAAUAAUGUAAAUACACUAAACAUUAAAUAUAGAAUUCUUUCAUUCUAAUCAAAGGUAUAAUCAAAUUAUACAAUUUUCAGAAUAAAUAGAAUAUGACAUUAUAGUUGAUUAAGAGAUAUUCUCGUCCUUGGUAGAUGUGAAACCUUAUUAAGAAUAGGAUCUAAAUUAGAUGAUGAAUUAAUUAUACAUAUUUGUAGAUUCUAACUUUUGGAAUUUCUGUUUAAUGUUGGCAUAUGUAAGUUUUUUAUUCAUAUUAUUCUAUAAAGAAUGAAGAUACUUGGUUCUCAUAGUAAGUUAUUCCAUAUGAUAGAAUGGCUAAAAUUUUAGGAUAAAUAUUUUCAUGUGUUGAGAAAUUCGAUGAUUCAAUAAUUUAAGAUUUAGAAAAAGUUAUCAAUUAUAGAUCAUUAGCACAUUUAGAUAGAUUAUUAUUUGAAAAUAAAUUACCUUAAUUUGAAAAAGUUAUUAGAAUGCUUAGAACUUAAAUUAUAAAUAAUCCUCAUUCUGCAUUUAUCUUAAAAGAAGCUAAAAUAAAAGAAAAAUAGUUUGAUAGUUUUGCCAAAUUGUAAGCUUACAAAUCAUAUACACCUACUAAACCUUCUGCAUCUUCUUCUAAAGGUAUUUAAAGAAGUGAAAUACUUUAUAAUCAUUCUAAAUAACUUUAAGAAAAAGCUCGUCAUGGUUAAUUACUCAAAAUUAANGAUCAGAAAAAUAAUUUUAGUUUUGUAUGA